GAGACCAGUAUUUCUAUUCUUGGACCCCACUUUUGGAGGUGGGAUCGGAAACGCCAAAGGCUCCAAUUUCGGAUUCACUAAGCGCGCGUUGAGGGAUGGAUGUUCUACAGACCAACGUGCAGUAUCUUGUGCCACCAUGGCGAGCCACAAGUCAAGUGAAAAGUCCGCCGGGGCCAAGGAUAAAAGACUUGGUCGCUUCCUUCACGUUCAUACCAAUGCCCUAGGUCUCGGUCAGUGUUUUCUAUUUACCGUUAGGUACAACAUACAACAAACUCAAAGAUGGAUUGGCAUCGAGACUCGGACCCCGUGUUGAACGAUGCAGAGAUCAAAUCGUUUGGAUGUGUCGCUGCCCAAGGGCCGGCCCUUGCCUCUUCCAGAUAUGUUUAUCUUUCAGACGAUUCGACGAGGUCGAUCUGCUCCACGGAACUCAGCUGCGAUCGCGAUUGGGAUCAAAUACAGUAUCCCGAGGUCUCUAGCGACGGCAGACAACAUGGAUACAGGGGGCCACCCAAGUUCCACCUGGUGAUGAUACCUCCACAGACUACCCCUUCCAAGGUCGAAAAGGCAAACGUGCCAAUGAAGCGGCUUCCUCUGAGCCUUCGCAACUGGACGAGAAUCGCUCAACGGUUCAAGAUACAUCACUUUCUCAACAUUGAAGUCUUGCAACGUCAAAAAAUGUUCAUCUGGUCGACUGCCGAGUCCGCCUCCAACAAUCCGGGGGAGAAGAUAUGGGUAAAUGUUUCGGCGACGUCGGACAAAUUGACAGACAAGAACUACCACCCGGACAAGUUUGCCAUGUCUUCCACGCACCUGGAGGGGGAGAGACUCACGACGGUUGUUUUCCUCGGGCUGAAGCCUUCACAAAUGAGCAUGGUGGAAACAAUAGUGAGAAACGCCAACGCAGCCGGAAUGAUACACCACCCGAUGUUCUCCACCUAUCUCGUCGCGGAGCUGAUGCGCAAGAGACUUGCGCUCCUGUGCCAAAACUACAUCGAGGCUGUAGAGGUAGCCGAUGGAGUGCUGAGGAACAUGUACGAUGACAAGAGGGACGAGCUCAAACUCACCUCGAUCAGCACCAAGCAGCUGCGACAGAUCUCCGAGGCCCGUCAGAACUGCGACAAGGUUGAGAUGGAGAUUCUCGGCACAAAGCGCCAUCUAGAAAAGGCGGUGAAGCAGAUGCUCUCGCGGCUUUCAGUUCAAGGCGCAGGCCAGUCUGUUGGACAAGCAGCUGUCAGAGAUGCCUUGACACAGAAAUAUCAAGAAAGGUUUGACGACCUCCUCGCCAACCUCGAGGAUCUCAGAACCACCAACAGAAGCUCCGUAGAGCUCAUGUCGCAACAAGCGGCACAUAUCCAAACCUGCCUAGCACAGGAACAAGCCCAAACCGCGCGGAAAGAGGCCAAGGAGAGCGCAAGGUCGGCCGAGAACAGCUACGUGAUUGCCAUUAUGGGCAUGUUUUUUCUUCCCGCAUCGACCCUGGCUACCAUCUUCGCCAUGCCCAUCUUCAAAUGGGACGAGCAUCCUCUGGACUUGCUCUUGCGGUCCAGCGGCAAUGCCACCGAGACGCCGGCGGCUGCGGCGGCAGGCAACUCGACCGCGACCUCUGCCGACUCGAGCUCGCCAGCCGAUGUGCUGACCGGAUACGUUUGGGUGUACUGCAUCAUCAGCAUUGGCAUCACCCUGCUGCUCUACAUCUACAAGCUCAUUCGCGAAAAGAUUAGCAGGAACCGUGUCAACGGCUCCGAGCACCCAGUCCUUGACCUGCUACUUAAGCCCCUCACAAUGAUCUGGAGGAACAAGCCACAGCAGAGAAUGACAGCCACGGACCCUGAUCGGAAGAGAUGGACGGGGAAUGCGAUGUCUCAAGUUGUGAAUCCCGUCGCUACACCGAGGUUUUCUCUCCCGCAGCACAUGCCCAGCCCCGUCAGACACCCCACUACCCAGUCCCUCCCAGCUGCCAUGCCCAUGGCGCCGCCGGGCAGUGCUCCUCCAAGACGGCAGACCGAGGCACUUUCGACCAGGACUGACAGACAUCGAUAUGGCCGGGAUCAUUUCCAGGCUCACGCCACUCAUGUCAACUCCUCUCCCGGUCAAGGAAAUGAGCCCUGGGUUCAGGGUGCACCAAUGUCUCAGACACCACCCACCACCUCGAGGGCUUCGAGUACCACCAACCUGGUGCAGCCGUCUAUCAAUGCAGCACAGCAUCCCGGCAGUCAGCGAGCCACCCCAAGUGUCCCCACCCUCCAACAGGCUCCUCAAACACACAGCCGACGCAACAACACAGAUCCCGGACCACCCCCGCCCCCUCCUCCAGCAACACAGCCCCAUCGCGGGCGGCAGGGCUCCCACACCUCACCCGCAGCCACCGCAGCCACGCAACCGCCAAGAAUCACCCUGCCCCCGCGCAGCACACAGCCCGACGACCACGGCCCGCCGCCCAGGAGGGGCCACACCACCGACCAAAAGGCAGCCGAGUCCAAGCAGCAGCCCGCAAGCCGCGCGCACACCUUUCCGCCACAGGCGCCCGUGGUCCAGGUCUCCGGUGCCAGAGACCACCAGCACGGCCGGUACUGGGCCCCGGCGGCAGCCAAUCCCCGCCAGAACCGCCUCGCCCCCGAAGACCCGGACUCGCUGUGGCCUGGGCCGCCGCCCGGCAGCUCGUCGUCGAGCGGCGGGAGUAGGGAUUCGUCCCGCGGCAGGGGGGUCGGCGAGUUUCGCGAGAGCGAGUCGCGGGAGGGGCUGGUGGGCGCUGCUGGGCCGCCGGGGAUAUCGGGCGGUAGCAGCGGCGGCAGUAGGAGUGGGAUGGGGUUGGGAGGGCGGUGAAGUGCUGGAAAGCUGCGGGUGAGAGGUUCGAGUUUUGUAUUUGUAAAUGUAAUUUGAUGAGUUAUGAGAUCAAGACCUG